CACACACUCACACACUUUCAGUCUCUCUCAUGCACUUUACUCUCGGAGGGACGCAAACAGACUCUCACACACACAUCUAGGGUCACCCACACGCACAAAGUAACAAAGUAACUAAUGUCGCUUAUUAAUUUAUUUCAGGCCAAACUCGCUGUUUACACAGUUAACCAGCCGUGUUAACAACACAAGAGAGAGUACAAGCUCUCUCACUCUCUUACAAAACAAACACAGACACAUCCACACACGCACACACAAACACACCAAAGGACUAUUGCACGGAUUGGACCGGUCUCCCAGAAUGCAUCUGUCCUACUCAUCUAUGAGCAUUUUGUUGCUGCUCUCUGCUCUCAUGCUACUGCCGGACAGAGGUGUGUAUGGUACAUAUGUGCCAGCUCGGUGCCAGUGUCCAAAGCUGAUGCUCCGUACACCGCGACGCCCUGUUGACUUCAUUGUGUCGCCACGCAACGCACACUGUCACACUCCAGAGAUCAUGGUGAAGUUACCCGGUUAUGAGGAUAAGCUUCUGUGUCUGAGCCCAGCUGGCGUACAGGGCAAACGCCUGCUCAGAUGCUGGAGAAGGGUGAAGAGGGAGGGUAAGGACCAUCUGAGAUGUUUGAGAAUCCGCAAGAAGAACCGGAGGGGCCAGAAGAACCGCCGCACCCACACACAAUAACAACACACACACACACACACACACACACACACACACACACACACACACAAGGAAGUUGGAUACUGGAAUAUCUACUCACACACACUGAUUUAUAGCCAGAAACACACACACACACACACACACACACACACACACACACACACACACACACACACACACACACACACACACACACACACACACACACACACACUGUACUUAAGAUUGUUACAUCCUGUGGAUGUGUUUGAGUUACUUCUGAAAUGGUCAUCAGUCAUCUGAAAUGGUCCACUUGGACCCAUCCCCCUUUGAGACACACAAACUCACACCACAAUUCAGAAACAUAAACACUCUCACUCACAUAAAAGUUGAGCAAAGCUGUACAUAAAAGUCUUGACAAGGGGACUGCGCUUAACCAUUUAAACUAUUUAAGUCUUUUGUAAAGUUGUUUUUGUAAAUAAAGGAGAAUAAGUAC